AGACGCACCGCCAGGCUACACAAAGAUGGCUGCUUUCCUUCUGGUUCUAUUGCUGUCUGUUUGCAAGACCAUUGCUGGCAUAGAGAUGAUCCCCUACACACCUCGUGUCUCUGAGCUGAACAUGGAAGGGAAAAUCACUGGCAGCACCUUUGCCUUGGAGCCCCCAAACUGUAUCUUUGAUCCAUUCGUCAAUGUCUCAGACAACAUCUGGCUGGUAGUGACCUUCAUUAACGCUACAGCCAAAUUCAAGAACCCAACAACCCCCCAGAAAGUGCCACCAUACGAAGAGCUAUACUCCACUUACGCUUACAUGACCAUGAAGUCCACCCUCUCCAAGUACCCCUGCAGGAAAGACAAAACCGGGAACGUGCUCCGGGUCGGCAAUGAGUCGUCCUGCAAGAACGACGACAGCCGGACCCACUGCAACGGCCCGCUGCCCUCCGCGGGUCCUUUCAGAGUGAAAUUCCUGGCCAUGGACUCUAACGGAUCCAAAGCAGAAACCAGAUGGUCGGGUCCAAUCACACUGAACAAAGCUCAGCCGUGGCAAAAGGUGGACACGUGGCCCGGACGACGCAGCGGGGACAUGAUCGUCAUCACUGUCAUCCUCUCCGCCCUCUGUGGGGUCGUCACAAUCGGCUUCCUCAGCACCGUCUGCUACGAAUGCUUCAAGCUUUGGCGGCACGGCCCGCCGGAGGGCCAAGAGGAACAGCGUCCGGAGGCCUUCCAAGCCGGCCGCUAUGACACCCACCACAUCCCACCAGCGCCGCCUGCACCCCCUCCUCCUCCUCCUCCCAUGGACAUGUCCAAUCCUCAACUCAUUUCUUAG